CUCCAUACUGUUCUCCAUAGUGGUUGUAUGAGCUGAGUCUUGAAUAAUAGAAGGGAUUUAGACAGAGGAGAUAGUAAAACUGUUUAACAUGUUAGUGGGUGCAUUCGUGCACAAGUACUGACCUAUCAGAGUGGAAACUGGUUGGGGCAUUCAAGUGGUGUCCUGGAGCCCCUGCUGUGUCAAGCAUUACUUCUUUAGUGAGUUCAUAAGGUCAGGACGGUCCCUAGGGAGGAGUGGGGUAGCAGGAGCACCCUGGAGUUAGGGGCUAGUUACAAACCAGAUUAUAAAUAUUUCAAUAUAUUUAAUUAACCUAUACAACCAUACUGGUGUAUGUACCUACUGAAUGUUAGCCCCAGAUAAGAAUCUCCUGAGAUGGCCUUACUCUCUUCUGGUUUGUUGAAGCCAUAGGGGCCUUAUUAGAAUGUGAGCUGUAGAACAGCAGAGGCUGUUCUCCAGUUCAAUGCUGCAUCCCUAGGGUCUAGAACAGUGCCUGGAGGACUGGAGGAAGCUUACCAAAUGUUAAGUGAAUAGGCAGACUGGGAAUCCCAGCCCAUUGUUGGGGUCCUCUCACUAUUCAUCUCCUUGCACCCACUUUCCCCCUCCAAUCUGUGCUCCACACUACCCUUCAACAUAACCUAGAAUGAGAUUUGGAUUCUGUCAUUCUUCUGCUCAAAAUAUUUGGUGCCUCCCUUUUGCCCAGAAUGCCAUUUUCCCCAUUUUUUUUUAAACCAAUUGAACUGCUACUUCUUUAAGCCCUGAUCAAAUUUUGCCUACUUCUGUAUUACUUUCUGAGGCAGAAUUCAUCUCUCUCCCCCAAAUAUUAUGAUAAUUUUUGCCCUCACUCACAAGAGAGCAAGCUCCUCAGGACAGGGACUGUGUCUUAUUCAUUUCCAUACAUCUAGUCCAUUAGCUCAGUGCCUGACAUACGGUAGAUGCUAAAUAAAGAGAAGAGUGAAAGGCAUUCCCAGCAGUGAGAACUAAAUGAACAAAGGUGGUCAAAGGUUUGGGUAAAAAAUGAAUAGUUUAAUUUGGCUAGGGUAUGAGGGAGAGUAGUAGGAGAAAAGAUGGAAAAGUCUCUUUGGUAAGAUUUUGAAGGGACUUGGAAGUCAACUAGAGGGAGAAGAUGGGCAGAUAGAAGAUACUUGGGUAGAGUGUGGAAAGCCAAUGAAGGUUUUUGAGCAAAGGUGUAAUAUGAUGAAUAAUACGUUCAGUUUAAACCUAUCAGACUCUCUCAUAAGUAUAUACAGUUUUCCAUUCAUUCUCAAAUUCGCCUCCCACCUACCCAUCCAUCCACCCUCCCACCCCCAGACUCCCCCAGCAGCUUGCCCUACCCCUUCACCUGCUCCCUGGCUGGGCCAGGGGUGUAUAUAUGGGCUGCUUCCCCUCUCAGUCAGAGGACGUGGGGGCCCCAGCUGCCUGGGACUGGGAAGCAGGCCAGGGUUAGCUGAGGUUGGCUGGCGAGCAGCCGGGCAGUGCCAGGGAGAACCUGUAUAGUGCCAGGUGGUGCCUUGGGUUCCAGGCUGAGCCCAUGACCCUGAUAACCUUCUGCCUGCGCACAUACCUGCCGCUCACUCCACCCCAUGCCCACUUUGCUAUCAGGGAGGGGGCACAGGGCCAGACAGACCUGCAGGGCUUCGGCUCCAUCUCUACAAAAGGGCCUUCUGUGAGCCAGUCUGCUCCCCUCUAGGCUUGCUCCUCCCCCAUCCAGCUCCUGUUUCUGAUGCACGUACAGCCCGUACACACCGUGUCCCGGGACACCCCACAGUCAGCCACAUGGCUUCCCUGUGCCCCAGCCCCUGGCUCCCUCUGUUGAUCCCGGCCCCUGCCCCAGGCCCCGCUGUGCAAUUGCUGCUGUUACUGCUCCUCCUGGUGCCUGCCCAUCCCCAGAGCCUGCUCAGGAUGCAGGAGGCUCCCACCACAGGAGGAGAUUCAUCUGGGGAAGACGAUCCACUGGGUGAGGAGGACCUGCCCAGUGAAGAGGAUAUACCUGGAGAGGAGGACCCACCUGGAGAGUUGGAUCCACCUGGAAUGAAGACUGAAGCAGGAGAAGAGGAUUCUCUGAAGUUAGAGGAUCUACCUACUGUUGAGACUCCCAGGGAUACUCAAGGCCCCCAGAAUAAUGCCCACAGAGACAAAAAAGGGGAUGACCACAGUCACUGGCGUUAUGGAGGCGCUCCGCCAUGGCCCCAGGUGUCCCCCGCCUGCGCUGGCCGUUUUCAAUCCCCGGUAGAUAUCCGUCCAGAGCUCACCGCGUUUUGCCCAGCCCUGCGACCCCUGGAACUCCUUGGCUUUGAGCUCCCGCCACAACCAGAACUGCGCCUGCGCAACAAUGGCCACACCGUGCAGCUGAGUCUGCCUCCCGGGCUGGAGAUGGCCCUGGGUCCCGGGCAGGAGUACCGGGCCCUGCAGUUGCAUCUGCACUGGGGGGCUGCGGGUCGCCCGGGCUCGGAGCACACGGUUGGCGGUCACCGUUUCCCUGCCGAGAUCCAUGUGGUUCACCUCAGCACGGCAUUUGCCAAAGUUGACGAGGCCUUGGGGCGCCCGGGGGGCUUGGCCGUGCUGGCCGCCUUUCUGCAGGAAGGCCCCGAAGAAAACAGCGCCUACGAGCAGUUGCUGUCACAUUUGGGAGAAAUCGCCGAGGAAGACUCUGAGACUUGGGUCCCAGGACUGGAUGUAUCUGCACUGCUGCCCUCUGACCUCAGCCUCUACUUCCGAUAUGAGGGGUCUCUCACCACACCCCCCUGUGCUCAGGGAGUCAUCUGGACUGUGUUCAACCAGACAGUAAAGCUCAGCGCUAAGCAGCUCCACACCCUCUCUGACUCCCUGUGGGGACCUGAUGACUCUCGGCUACAGCUGAACUUCCGAGCUACACAGCCUUUGAAUGGGCGAAUAAUUGAGGCCUCCUUCCCUGCUGGAGUGGACAGCAGCCCUGGGACCAUUGAGCCAGUCCACCUGAAUUCCUGUCUUGCUGCUGGAGACAUCCUGGCCCUGGUUUUUGGCCUUCUCUUUGCUGUUACCGGCAUCGCCUUCCUUGUGCAAAUGAGAAGGCAGCAAAGACACCCAAGUGGGACCAAAGGAAGUGUCAGCUACCACCCGGCAGAGGUCACGGAGACUGUUGCCUAGAGGCCUGCAACUUGGAGAAUGUGCAGAGAAGCUGGCCAGAGGAAUCUGAGGGGGAGCUGGAGACUUUGUCCUGCCCAUUACACUACUUCCUUUUAAACCUCCAAAGAUAUUUUUUUAAAAUAAAUAUUUCUAAUAAAAUCUGUGGAAGGCAUAUCCUUGU